CAAGCUCUUUGUCCAAUCUGUCCGGGGCCUCGGCUCGGGUCAUGGGCGCUGAUCCACUGCACAAGUGGCUGAUGCGUCGAUGCAUCGGUACACCAGCAUCUGCCCCGUCAUUAUUCGAUGCUGAACCCCGUCCACUACGGCCACAAUUUUAGCCGGUCUGGGGAAAUCACUCCAAUCGUCCCCUUUAGCUCCUGUUUAGGGUUAAUUACAUGGGUCUCUACUGGGGCCAGAGCUUAGGAGGAGCUAUGUCUCCUGGCGUACGUCGUUCCGGACCGGCGAACCUGAUCUUAUAUCACCCCAGUUCCCCAGAUUGAUUUUCAGGCGUUUGCUCCCCAGAAUCAAAAGCAUCCCCGGACUGCACGACGCGUCGAUUCGCCUUCACAUCUGCCCUUGAUAUCCACCUUCGAUACCCAAAACUAAUCUCAACACAAUGGCGACCGCUCAAGAGCACAAUGAUGUUACUGCUGGACUCGCUGGUACGCACCCGUCUCAUCAGCCAUUGAAUGAUUCGAGUACGUUUGACCAUGCUACAGCCAAGGAAGGUUCACACAAGGAGAGGAAGCCUUACGACUAUGGCGGCAACCCUCUCGCUCACAUUGCGACCAACAACCCCGACUACCGCCUCACUGCAUUUGGUGGUGAAUUCCAACCUGGUCUGUACCGCGCCCCGAAGAGCAACUUUGCCAACCCAGCUCCAUUGGGACUGUCUGCCUUCGCCCUGACGACUUUCGUCUUGUCCCUCAUCAACGUUGGAACGCGGUCCAUUGGCGAGCCCAACCUUGUAGUCGCGCUUGCGUAUGGCUACGGUGGUCUUGUCCAGCUCCUCGCUGGCAUGUGGGAGAUGGCAGUAGGUAACACUUUUGGUGCUACUGCUCUUUCAUCCUACGGCGGUUUCUGGCUCUCGUUUGCCAUCAUCCUGACCCCCGGUGGAUUUCAGAUUGGCGCGGCCCUUGAGAAGAGCAGCCCGUUCCCAUUCUACAACUCCUUCGGACUGUAUCUCAUGGGCUGGUUCAUCUUCACGACUAUUCUGCUCAUCUGCACCCUGCGAUCAACCGUAGCCUUCUUCUCGCUGUUUUUCACCCUGGAUCUGGCUUUCUUGCUCCUCGGCAUUGGCUACCUCAGGGCAACUGAAACCGGACCAAACGAGUCGUGCAUCAAGGCCGGUGGCUACUUUGGUCUCUUCGCUGCGUUCCUUGCAUGGUACAACGCGUUGGCCGGUAUUGCCGACAGCUCCAACAGCUUCUUCGUCAUCCCCGUCGCGCAUUUCCCCUGGUCGGAGAAGGGUCGCGAAGCCCGCGGCAAGCCCAUCGACUCCUCCGCCGCGCACACCGCAUAAGUGCCGCGCGUGCUCCUCACAAACAAACUUGUCUCCACCUCCCAUUUCAUCUACUCUACGUGCGCAACGCUCUGAAUGAAAGACGACGGAGACACUAUUCCCCCGCGCUAAGAACGGCUUGCGAAGCGCGAUCCUAUUGGCGGCGCCAGCAAGGCCCGCGCUAUUGUACCUUACUACUGCUUAAUACCAUGACGAUGUUUCCUCACA